AUGUGCAAGCAGAUGAUGCAGGUCCGCUUAGACCUCCUUCCAGAACGUGUGACUGACAUUUUCUUUGCGCUCGCAGCGACCAACUCCCGUGAGCUCGGAAGGUUCACCCAACUGGGUUUCCGAGUGGUGGACAGCGACAUUGGAGCAACAUUGGCUGUGCAAGAGGAACACCGGAGCCAACUCACUUUCGAGGCUGUGGUCAUCAUGUGUGCGAUUUACAAGUUAGGUGACGGAUAUUGGCGGAUCGGCUCCAUGAACGUCACCUGCAGUGGAUCGCCACGAGACCUCAAAGCAGCUUUGUCAAAGCUUGAGCAGCUCGGCUUCCCACGAAAACAUGAAACUUCUUCCCAGGAGCAUUUGGUGGUCGAAUCAGUUCGACGCUACCUGGAAUUAUCGCGCUCAGCAGUCAAGGUGGCAAAUGUUGAUAUUGAUGGCUCGAACACCAUGGCCAUCCAAUAUGCAAUUGAGGUUCUGGCGAAGGACGAUGCAGAUGCGCAUCCGAAAGGCGAAGAGCUCCAACAGACGCUGAGUGACGGACUUCAAGAUGCGAUCCUCGAGGAAAUUUUCAAGUUCACCAAUGAGAAGGUGAAGCCGGACAGAUUGAGGGUCCUUCCGCCGAUUAGCAAGUCCUUGAACCAUCUCUUCGUGGAGGUUCGCUGGGAAUUUGGUGAAGUGAAGCGCACGGACAAUAAGGACCACAGCUACCUCGAUGCAGCUUUGAUUACCUUUGCUAAACAAAGCCUUCAGGAGAUCGUGGACUACCGGGGCCCCCAUGGCGUGCGAAUCGUGCACAACGGCGUGGUCGACUACAACGGCAUGUGGAUCGGUCCAGUUGGCACCAGCGACGCAGCAGAUGGUGCGAUCAAAUAUGGAGGUCUCUUGCUUGAUGAACUGCCUCGAAGCGGAAAGUGCUCAUUUGAGGUGCAUUUGGAUCGCUUACCACCAGCCACCACGGACAUCUAUGUCAUCAUCUCAUCACCUUCCGGAAGAGAGCUCAGCAAGUACAGCAACAUAGUGGUGGCGCUGGUUGAUGCUUGGAAGAGUCAUAAGGUGUCCACGUGCCUGUUGAAAUCAAAGCCUGCGUCACAAGGUGUGAUUUUCUGCCGGCUUUCCCGCACCAACCACGGGUGGAAGAUGGGCGCCUUCAGGACUCCGACAUCGGGAGGAAGCCACAACUUUUAUCCAGUCAUCGAGAGUUUGCGAAAGAUUCAAAGCGAGAGCUACCCAGAUAAAUUUGAGAUCAGCUUGGGUGGGCAUUCGACACGAUCAGAGCGAAGGCUUCUACCUUUGCAACAGCUUCGAGCAAAGGGUGAGAAGCUUCAGCGUCAGCUGUCCACGGGAUCAAUGUCAAGCCUCAUCACUUGGUCACCAGCAAGGAAUCCCAACAGCCGAAGGUUUGGAGCAGCAGAUACAGAUUGA